UUCUAACUAUGCUGAUUAUGUCCUGGCUUACAUUCUUAGCGUAAAGACUUCAAAAACUAGGUGGAGUUCCCUAGUGUUUUAUAACACUCUGACCAUGAUAGCGUUUUAAGUAUUUAAAUAUGGUUGUUGUUACAGCUUACAAAGAACCUAAUUAAGUCUGUGCUGUCACAUCGGUGAAAAAUGAGCAGUCAUGCAUUUUGGUUGCGAUUGUGUGCGCAUUACACAUGCACCACAAGUGCAGAAGUGUCUAAGCGAGUUUUGCAUGGACCUGCAUACCAGACCUCUUACAGUUGCCUGAGUACGAAACUUGGUUAUUUCCACUGUAUGGUGCAGUGGAAAUAUGUCUUGUUUGUGUCUGAAUUUGCAGAACCUGGAUAAGUGUUUUGUUUCAGUUCUUCUGUGUGCUGAGAAACUAAUGUGUUUCUGACAGUCCAAACAAGUGGUUGAUUAUGAUCUUAAAUAAAUUGCAGGGGAUGAUUAGCAUAUGAGAGGGCAUCUUUCUGGUUUUAGUGAUCUAAAGAAAUACAGAUGUACUGAACUGUAUCAGAGCAGGUACUUCCACUUAUGAUGGAUUUUAUGUUCCAUUGCUGUGUGAUACAAACUUGGAAAUUGUACAGCUCAACAACAAAUGUUGUCUGAAUCCCGUCUUACUAGAAUCUGAAUGCCCUGCAAUGCCCUCUUACACAAUAGCUGUUUGAAUAUGAGGGCUAGUUCCAGCUUCAUUAUGUACUGUAGGGUGAGUUCUUUACUUUCAUAUUUGUAUGUUGACCUUUAGAAGCAAAAAGUAGAUUAAGUUCAAGAUUAAAAGGUUAAUUUUCCAAUAGACACUUGCCUGCUUUUUGAUAGUCUUUCAUCGAAUGGGAAAAUGAAAGAGUUUAAGUGAUGUCCCAGGAGAUACCAUUUCUGAGUGUCUUCAUAUACCACCAAAAACAGUGAAGUCCAAAUAUGUUAGCAACAAAUUUUUUUUCUGGGAAGCAGAACGUAAAUAAUUAUUCCCAUUACUGCUGGUGGGAAAGAAUUGAUGAAAAUGGAGUCGGAUCUUCCCUGUAAACUCAGAAGGCUUACUAGUCUGUAGAUGUAAAUUGUACAUACUCUUAAUAGGUGUGUUUAUGUUGAGUAUCUUUGGUAUAGCAGCUGAAGUUAUUUUGAAAAGACCUGAGACUGCUGAGAAUCCAUGAACAUUUGGACUGAAAAAAAAAAGUGACAGAUCUCAAUUUAAACAUUUGGAUUCCUUUAUGUGAUUACAAGUUUAAAGACUGCAUGAUGGCAAGCAUUAUUAUCUCACAUACCAUUUCUUGAGAACAGGACAAAUGAAGAGAAAAUGGGAAGAAAGACUGAAGAAAGUUGAAGAACUAGCAUCUCACUAUGAAAGAAACCCUCUUCUUCCAGUUUACAAACCAAAACUGUCCAAACCUUUUCAACCAUCCUCUGUUUGGAAAAUAUUUUGUCGGCAGGCUGAAGCUUUUCACUAUGUAAAAACCUGCGAAGAGGAUGUUCAUGUAUUUGCCUUGGAAAAGAACACACAAAAUGGACGGAGGUCUUACCUCGUGACAACAUAUUAUGAGCUUUGGUUUUAUUAUACCAAAGGUUAUAAAACAAGUCUUAUGCAUUGCUAUGAAGUAAUUCCUGAAAAAGAUGCUUGUAAACUUUAUUUCGAUUUGGAGUUCUACAAACCAGCAAAUCCUGGAGCUGAUGGCAAGAGUAUGGUUGCAAAGUUAAUUGAGCUUGUCAGCCAAAAGCUAGAAGAAUUUUAUGGUGUUAACUGUUCAGCCAAAGAUGUCUUGAAUUUAGAUUCCAGUACUGAUGAAAAAUUUAGUCGACACUUGAUAUUUCUACCCCAUAAGACUGUAUUUAAGAAUAAUAUUCAUGUUGGUAACUUUGUGAAAACCAUUUUGCAGCCUGCCAUGGCGUUAAUGGAGAGCAAAGCUGCUGCUCUUAUUCCAGAAGAAAGAGCGGGCCAAGUUUUUCAGUGUUCUGCACCAACAGAUGGAUCAGAUGGUUCUCUUAUAAACCUCUCAGCAGUAGAAGAUGCUUCUAAGAGUUGGCCAUCUAUUGCUCACAAAACAACAGAAAUUGAAACAUCGCACCAGGGAGAAACUUCUGAAUUUUCCUUUCUAGUAGUAAAUGACAAAGAAGGAUACAAGCAACUUUUUGUGGAUCUAGGAGUUUAUACAAAGAACAGAAAUUUCCGGAUGUAUAAAUCAGCAAAAGCAGGAAAAAAUGUGAUUCUGAAGAUUGCAGAGGAUAAUCAGUUUGUCCCUAAAUGUGAAAAGAAUGUUUCUUUGGAAGAAGCAUACUUCUUUUCCUCUUUGGUCUGCAAUGUUGGGUCCAGGGACGACACAAAAAUUCUGACAUCUGGUUCUUCAGAAGAGGAAAGAAAAAUGUCUGCUUUUUUAAAUAGCAAAACUACCAGAAGUACUAGAGAUUCCACUGAAGGUUAUCAGGAUUCACCAUAUCCAGAAAUUGAUUCUUUUGUUCGUUCUUUGGUUAAUAAAGAUGGGGUGCAAGGAGGGAUAAGGCAAUGGAACUAUUUCUCUCUGGAGGAGAUAAUUGUAUAUGAUAUUUCUGGUUACCGUUGGUGUGAAAAUAUUGGGAGAGCUCACAAAAGUAACAAUAUAAUGAUUCUGGUAGAUCUAAAGAAGGAAGUCUGGUAUCAAAAGUGUCAUGAUCCAGUCUGCAGAGAGAAAAACUUCAAAUCACAGAGUUUUCCAUUGCCAUCUAGGAUAUGUCUCCCUUCUCUCUUCAAAGAGGAAGAAGAAUAUAUGUUAAUAGAUGAAAGUGAGAACAAAGAAGGAAAACUGCAUUCUAACUGUAUAGAUUUGUCAAAAAGGUCACUAGUUCAAGAAAACAGCUUGUCUAGAGACCUCUUGUUGUCAGACACUGUGUGGGACGAUGCAAGUGAUGAUGCCUGGUUCCUGGAAGCUACCGAUGAUGUGGAACUAGCUGAAGCUGCAAAUGAUAGUCUGAAUUGUGACACACAAGAAAUUCCUGAUGAAGUUCUUCUGGAAGCUUUAAGGAAACAGGAUACUUGUGCUAAAGAACACAGCUAACCACAAACUUAGCUAAUGAACAAACACAUACCAGUGAAGCUUGCUUUAGUAUAAUGUGCCUGUCACAUGCCUUCCACAAAAGAUACUGCAAUAUAGUACAAAAGCUCUUUUCCUGAUCUCUACAACAGAAAUAAAUAAUUGCUGUAAAUAACAAAUCCUUGCAACUAGAUGAUCUUAAACAGGGAUGACAAGAUCAUGGAAGAUUACAGUAGGGGCUGAGCAGUACAGAACUGAAAACUCUUCAUGAAUGCUACUUCAAGUAGUUUAGCACUUUAAUACCUACUGCUGUGGGGUUUCCUAUUUUGUUAGCUGUAUGUCUAAAUUUUAUUGAUGAGCUAUGUAAAAUAAUUUCUUAAAUUCCUCCCACUUCUGGAAUUGAUUUCACAUACAAAUUUAAUAAAAAGUUUUGUCUAGCACUA